AUGCAGAAAAUGCGAACCAUCGCGCUUUCUUUCGUUCUAACAUCUUGCCUUUUCAUAUCCGAUGUUCAUUCGCAACCUUCUCCGAAUGUACAGAAACGUAUUUCACAAGCUAUAGCGGCAGCCUCGAAACAAACAAACCUGGAUUAUACCGCUUUUGUUAAUCCUUUCAUUGGCACCGACAACUUCGGUGAUGUCUGCCCUGGAGCUUCUAUUCCUUUUGGGAUGGCCAAAUUUUCCACUGAUAUGACCGGAUAUGCACCAGCUGGCUAUGUUACCGAUCCAACACAAUUCGUUCGCGGACUUAGCCCAUUGCAUGACAGUGGGACGGGGUCUUCUCUAGGAACAUACGGCAAUUUCGAAAUUAUGCCACUGCUAUGCCCAGGUGGUUUCAAUACAUGCACAACUACAUUAGCUGCUCGCCAACGCCUGAGAAAAAACAACACUGAUGAUGCAUCUCCCGGUUACUUCUCCCUUACUCUUGAUAACAACAUUAAGAUGGAAGCCACAGCCACGCGUCGUGCUGGGCUCGAACGCUUUACAUUCCCUUCUGGUUCCAAACCGUACUUCGUUUUAGAUCUUGCGAAUGAUCUUCCAGCAUCCUUCAACGGUGGGAAUAUGACCAUUGAUCCAGAGAAGGGAAGAGUCACCAUUGGUGGUAGCUGGGGCUCCAGUUUUGGGCCUGGUGCUUUCCACUACAAGGCUUUCGCCUGCUAUGAUCUUCUCGAUGGUGGAAAGCAGAAGCUUAGCGAAUACGGUGUAUGGACUGGUGACACUGUCGGGCUAGACGCCAAAGGCCUUGGCCAAACUCACCUCAACCUCUCGGUAAAUCUGAUCGGAGGAGUAUAUCAAUCCGGCGCCCUGUUCUCUUUUGACAACAAACCACAAACAGUUAACAUCAGGGUUGGCGUUUCAUUCCGCUCCGAGGAUCAAGCUUGUGCCAACGCCGAAUCUGAAGUUGGAGAUUCCACCUUUGAAGAGAUUCAGGCUGCAGCUAAAGCUCUAUGGCAAGAAAAGCUAUCCAAGAUUGAGAUCGAUGUCCCCAAUACACCUGCCAACGUAACUGAGAUGUUGUAUUCUUCCUUGUACCGUGCCUCUUUGACCCCCAACAACGCUACUGGAGAGACCCAAGGCGUGUUCGCGGACACUACAUCUUUCUAUUUCGACUCCCUAUAUUGCAGUUGGGACACCUUCCGCACAUUCUACCCCCUCAUGGCAUUACAUUCUCCUGUGGAGUUUGCACAGAUUGUUGACAACUACAUCGAUGGAUGGCGGAAGAAUGGGUGGAUGCCUGAAUGUCGAGCCAACAAUCUUCCAGGGUGGACUCAAGGAGGGUCGAGUGCGGAUAACAUCGUUUCUCACUUCGCCAUAAAUUACCAUAACGAAGCAACCCAACUAGGCAUCGACCUAAACGAACUUUAUGCCGCGAUGGUCACAGACGCCGAAGUCAACCCUCCUGAAUGGAAUAUUGAGGGACGUCAAUCAAACGUUUAUAACCAAUACGGCUAUGUUCCUUUUGCUGUUUUAGACGUGUCCAGCACAGGCAGGCAGACUCGUGAAGGCAGUCGCACUCUUGAAUAUUCCUUCGAAGAUUUCGGGAUUCGUCAAGUCGCUCAGCUAUUGGGAAAGACAAGUGAUGUCGCUAAGUACACUAAUAGGUCAUUGUCCUACCGCAAUGUCUGGGACCCCUCUGUCGUCAGCGACGGCUUUAAAGGUUUCUCUCAGAAGCGCUAUCCUAACGGCACUUUCGCCUUUAUCGACCCCGUUGAUUGCUCACCAAACGACAAAAAUACUUCGAGAUCAUGUUCUUUGCAAGGAAACAACAUCAAUGGAUUCUACGAAUCCUCAUCCUGGGAGUACAGCUGGUAUGCCCCUCACGAUACCGCUGAACUCAUCAACCUUAUGGGUGGAAAUGCUACAUUUGUAAAACGAUUGGAUCAUUUCUUUACCGCCGGAUAUUAUGAUGCUUCAAACGAACCCUCAUUCCAGACUCCUAUCGGUUACCACUACGCAAACCAACCAGCAAAAUCUGUUGACCGGGUUCGCAACGUCGUAUUCUCGAACUUUGAUAUAACUCCUGCGGGUUUGCCCGGAAAUGACGACCAAGCAGCGAUGGCAUCAUUAUUGUCCUUCCAUCUCCUAGGACUGUACCCAGUCCCAUCUUCGUCACAACUCCUCGUCUUAUCGCCUUUCACUCCCAAGUAUACGAUCCACAAUUCAUUCCUGAACGUUAGCACUACUGUCACCACCAUCAACUUCGACCCGAAAUCUGUUCAGAAGACCGUGCCAAAGAACACAGCAGCAUAUGUAAAGAGUGUAACUAUCAAUGGCAAACCCUCUGACUCGCGCUGCCACAUCGACUUCUACGAUACCUUUAGGACUGGAGGCGACAUCGUGAUUACUCUCACUUCAGACAAGAACUCUGCCAAUGAUUGUCUGGGUUCUGUCCCUGACAGCAUUUCAACGGGAGGAUUCUCCAAAGCACGUUGA